AUGGCUGCCGUACCUGGGCAGGUGCUGGCCUUCCUCUUGCCUACCAUCCUGCUGGGAUUCUCAGGGGCUUUUUUUCUUGCAGCUGCACAGUUCUUCAUCUCCCUCACGGGCCCCACCUCGAGGAACACCCCCGGGACGAACGUGCCUUUCAACUGCACAGCGGGUACCUUCCCCUCACAGAACAUCAAUGUUACAUGGCUGAAGGACAAUGACGAGAGCCCAGCCUCGGCCCAGUACCUGCUGGAUCAUGGUGGAGGCAACUAUUCGGUCAGCAGCAAAGUCUUUGUGGUCCUGUCCUCCCAUGACCUGGGGUCCACCAUCACCUGUGAGAUUGCCCACAGUGCCCUGGCCGAGCCCCUUCGGACCACCAUGAAUCUCUCGCAGGUGUUCCAAGUCACCCCCACCCUGAAGAUGACUACCAAGCCCUCUGUGAACCACCUCCGCGAGCAUCAGAGAGUGAACCUCACCUGCCAUGUGAGCAACUUCUACCCCGCCCAUCUGACCCUUACGUGGAUGGAGAACUGGCACAGGGUCGCUACCGUGUUGGACCCCCAGGUCAUGAGGAACACAGAUGGGACAUACUCGCUGAGACACACGUGGCAGGCAGAGGCCACGCUGGAAGGGAGUGAGUUUGCCUGCUGGGUGGUGCAGGACGAUCAGCCCCCUAUACGAAUCAACAUCACCCUGCGUGCACAGGCACAGGAGCACAAGAAAGGCAGGAUGGCCCACUCCGUGCAGCUGCAGGGCCCCCAGCAGCGGUCUGAGCCAGGCACCAGCAUCCAGCUCACUUACAGCUCCAGCAGGGUGCAGACACAGCACGUCACUGUCACCUGGUUUAAGAACAGCCUCGAGCUCCCCAGAUCACAGACCAGCAUCCAGCCUGUUGGGGACACCUACAACGUGACCAGCAGCGUGCUUGUCCCUCUCCUGGCGGGCGACGCGCUCUCCCUCGUUCUCUGCCACGUCAAGCACAAAUCCACCCUGGUCUUCCAACAGUCUGUCCACCUGAACCACUACCUCCGGGUUUCCCCUGCAGUGACCGUGUCCCAGUCUUCCACUUCCUCCGGCUUGGUGGCUGUCACCUGCCAUGUGCAGAGAUUCUAUCCUCAGAGUGUGUAUGUCACCUGGCUGGAGGACUGCCAUCCACAAAAUGGAACCAAACAACCCCUGUCCAAGAUGAACCAAGAUGGGUCCUACAGCCUGGAGAGCUCGUAUCUGGUGAACAUGUCGGCACAGAGAACAGAGCGUGUGUUCACCUGCAGGGUGCAGCACGAGGCCCAGUCUCCCAUCCAGGCCAGCCUCAUCCUGUCCGCAGCAGCACACACCCCCUUGAGCUCAGGUCUGGAAAUGCCUGCCAUCAUCUUUGUGGCUUUGCUCCUGGGAUUCAAGGUCUUGCUGGUGAUCAGUUUCACAGUCACAUACAUCUGCAAGUGGUGGCACCUGUGACAGGCAUACAGCACCACGUGUAGAUUCUUGUCGUGAUGGAUGGUGAAGCUUUCUUCAGUGUUUUACUGGUACAACUUCCUGACCUUCUGUCAUUUGUCUCCUUGGGUACUUGUGGGAGAGUCUCCUGGUCCCGUUAGUAUUGUCUACAAAGCAACAGUGUUGUUAACAUUUGGAAGCUUUAGUUACACAAACUGCUUUCAAGUGUUGCCUUUUUUUUUUUUUUCUGGUGGGUGAGCAAGUCAGUGCGGUGUGUAUGUGCUGCAGUUGGGAGAGGUCCUUUUUCCUGCAAAGAUACAUUGUUCAGCACUCCCUCAUAAUGCAUUUCUCUCUUUGCCAUUUAUCAAAUUUCUAGAAAUCUGAGCUGUUUUGAUGAUCUCUUUGUUCCACAAAUCUACUUACCUAUCCCUUUGUCAGCCCUGCACUCUCCUAGUUUGAAUAACUUUGUAAUAAGUUUUGCUACCCCUUUUGAACAAAUCAUCUCACCUUUUCUUGUUCAAAAUUGUCUUGGUCCAAAUGUAUUUUAAACUUGCUCUGUCGAGUUUCAUGAGAACUCAUUUUAAAUGAUUUGAUGGCAUUGAAUUUAUACAUUAAUUUGGGCAAACGGAUCUCUUUCCAAUAUCUUCUCAUUGAUGGGCCUGGCAUACCUCUUUUUAUUUAGGUUUUCUUAUAUAACUUUCAAUUUAUAAUUUUGCAGUCCCCCCAUAAUGGACUUAUGCAUCCUUGGAGCUGUUUUUAAUACUUUUUAGUCUGAAACCUCUAAAAAUCAUUAUUGCUUUAUUUCAGUGGCUUUUGACUGCUGAAUAGGAUUGACAUUGGGUUUUGAACAUCAAUCUUAUAUCCAGAAAGCUUAUAAAAAUUCUUCUGCAAUUGCUAAUAGUAUGGGUAGUCUUUUAUGUGUAACUCCUUUACAUCAACCUGAUGGUCUAAGAUUUGUUUUGACCUGUAUCAGUGUUCCAUGUGCACACGGGGCGACAGUCACAUCAUUCUGUAAGUUGCUCCAUAGGAGACCUGGAGUCACUCACAUCUGUGCCAUCUUCCACUCCUGACAUCACCAUUUUCAGUUCUGCUAACUGAUGUUUGUCACAUCUCUUGCAACAUACAUGUUGCUGAUUUUGAUUUUUUCUUUCGGAGCCAUUAUUCAACUUCCCACAACCGAGGGUGACAUGAUGCCCUACUCUUACUUCAUGUCACAUGUGCUCCUGUUCUCUUUCCAUCACCCUGUUGUGAUUUAUCAUAAUCUGGGACAACUGAAUAGGCAGCGUCUCCAUUGUAAUGACCAUGUGAAUGCCAUUUAUUGUCAAGCCUGGUGUUAGUCCCAGCUCCUGCUUAGGUUGGUCCUUUCAUACAUGUCCUUACGUGACCACAGUCAAGUACCCUACAGGACAACGCCAUGAUUCUAACGGUCUCCCUGUGCAUCGUUUCUUAGUGAUCUCCCAUUUCCACCAUCCCCAAUCCCUGGAAAAUACUAAUCUUUUCUUUGUUUAUGUGAUGUCAACACUGUUAAAUGAAGACACUCAGACAGGAUGUGACUUUUUGCACUCAAUGCCUCAAGACCCUUACAAGUCAUCACAAGUAAUUCAUUCCUCU